UUGUCGGUUAAACAUUAACUGUCACGUUCAUAUUUUGAACGCAUUUAAAAUUGAGUGAUUCGAUAAAAACGUUAAUUAACGAUAAACGUCUUUUUGUGAAUUAAUUUUUAAAGUAAUUAGUAGAAUUGAAUUUAAUUGAUUAGUGUUUAUCGCCCGCCUUCUUCUAUUAUGUGUUAUUUGUAGAAUUUACACAUAUUUGUUCGAUUAAACGUAUGCAAAUACAAAAAACAUUUAGUUAAAAAUGAUGGAAGAGCAAAUAUCUUCAGUUUUCUCUAAACAAUCAACAGGCGCACCUUCAUCGUGUUUAAAACGAAAUCCUUCAUUAAAAAGGAGAAAAAAUGUACCUGUAAUUAAACAGACGAAAACAAGUAUGAUAAGAAUGGUUAAUGCAAAUCCACUGCUACUUACCAGCGAUAUGCAAAAAGAAAAUAAGAAAGAACUUACAGGCAUUGGAAUUCCUAAAUCUUUUAGUCUUCAGAGUGCUAAAGACUUCAAUAGCUAUAGUGUUAAUACUUUUAAAAAAACAUCUAUUCCUUCUUCUACUGCCUCUGUUAAACUAAUGAAAAAACCAACUAGCCCUAAAUGCAAUACUGAUACAAGAAAACGGUGUUUAUUAAAGACAACUACAAAAUUCAAUCAGCAGGCUGAUGACUUGAAAAAGAAACCCAUUGAAUUUGUAAAACCUGCUAAAUCCACACAACUCACGAAAUCAAAUAACAAGACAAUAAUUAAUAAAGUUCCUCAAAAUUCAGCCAAAUACAAAUUGAAUUAUAUAAAACCAAAUGAACUCAAAGAGAAUUUAAAUGGUAUUCCAGAUAACAAAAGACUUCCUAAACGUAGAUCACUUUCAGCUGAGCAUUAUGAUAGACAAAAUAAGAAGAUUAACACUCUACAAAAAACACAGAGAAGGAGAGACAGUACAAAAAGUGACCAACAAAAAGUUACAACAAAACGAAGAUCAUUAUCUGCUGAAAAUUUUGACACUAAAUUUUUAGAAACCCCUUCAAAAAAUGUGUCUCAUACAAAGAAUAACUACAUUUCUCCAAUAGAAGAAGAAAGAUCUCAAAUAAACCGCUGUUCAAAAACUCCAAACAGUUUUAAUCGUGUAUUUUUCUCGACUCCUAUGGCCACAUUAAAAACACCAGCUACAAUUAAGAAAGAUAUGUAUUCAAGGCUGAAUGAAUGGCUUAAAAAACGUAACCGACCAUUAUAUACCUACCAUCAUUUAAAAUGUUUUGGUGUAAAACAAUCAGAUAUAAAAGAAGUAGACGAAGAAAAUAAAGAAAAUAUUGAGGAAGUGCUUGUAAGAUCUGAAAGUUAUAAUGACCUAAGGAUUGAUCACUGUGAGAAAAUUCCCCAAAAUGAAACAAAUCUCUUAAAAAAUGUAGAUUACAAAAUUGUUUCGAGAGAUGCUCUUAACGAUUUAUACAGUCUAAUUAAUGAUGGAUAUUCAGAACAACAAUGUAUAAUUUGGCUCAACCUUAUUCAUGAGAAAUGCCCUGAAAUUGAACAGUAUCCAAAAUAUUGGGAAUGUAGAGCUGCCCUAGAACAAUGUAAAGGCAAUCUCACAGAUGCCAUUGAAUGUUAUAAGAAAGCUGUUGUAAAAGGAGCCGAUGUGCAGGAUGUAGACAGUGCUUUAGAAGACUUAUUAAAAAAAUUUAGUGUACUUAAUAUCAGUAAUUCUGCUAAGGAAUUGGAAUACAACGAUAAAUUAAAGCGUGAAAAGGCAUUUGUGCUUCAGCAAGCAAGAAAUGCAUUUAAAUCUUCUGUAAUACAAUUUGCCAUCAAAGAGAAACUCAAUCGAGAACAGAAAGAAAAUGAACAAGUUAAGCAAAUAAUGGUGACCCCAGUGAGACGUAGUGUUCGAUUGUCUAAGUCAUGUCAUAAUACCCCCGGUAUGCGCAUUUGUUCAAAUUUAUGUCAACUGGAACCUGAAAAAAUGAUUUUUCAAAAUAAUCCUGCUUUAUCAAUACGCUAUAACUAAUGCAAGAGUAACUUUUUUAUUUUUUCGUUAAGAUAUUGCUCCUCCUCGUUACUCCAUAAUUUUUACUAGUUGUGCUUAUCUAUAUAGCAGCAGUAAUUCGUAGACUUUUUAAUUUUGUAAAUAAUUAGUUACCAUUAUAUAUUUAUUACUUUUAAUAACAAUAUUGUGUUAUGUAAUUUUAUAGGUGUACAUUUCAUAUUAAUCUCUGUAUAUACAUAUUCACAUUGUAUAGAAGUUUAAAAGGGGCAACUGCAUUGUUUUAUCAUUAUUUUAUGCAAAUAGGAGUGCAAGCACUACAAUGACAAACAGUUAUGUUUUGCUUACCUUCCAUGCGUUAAAUUUUCUUUUUACAUGUAUACAACAUAUAAUAACUGCCUACCUAAUAUAAUUCUUUUAUUCGCAGUUUUUGAUUUCUACAAAAUGAUUAAGAAAUUUCUUAUUUUGAGUGCAAAAAAUUUAAUAGUAAUAAAUAAAGAAUUAAACAUA